CGGAAGCCACAGCAAUUGGAACAACACAAAGCGCAAAACAAGUUUGGCAUUGUGUACAAAAAAUAAACAAACAAAAAGUAAAAGGAAGGUUCGCGUCUGUACAGCUUGAAAUGGUUGUAAUUACGAAACUUUUGAAUAUACUACUGAUUAUUUUAUGCGCACAACAUAAACAAGUCAGUGUCAACGCUUAUGAUCCAAAUGAUACCAAAAUAGUGGAGUGUUGCCUACCGCCUGAAGGAAUGUUUGAAGCCUUUUAUCCUCGCGAAGUGGAGGGCAUACCAAAUAGCGCUUCUCGACCUGCUCACGGGCACGGUAGUUUUUUCAAGCAUCGCAAUCCUGCACUGGUGGACACGAAAAACGCAGCAGCCUAUGGCUAUCGCUUUGAUGGCAAGCGGCGCUUUAACUUUGAUUAGCUUGUAAUACACUAAAACACAUUCAAGCUGUAUAAAUAAAAUACAUUAAUAAAAAAUACAACAAA